UAACGUUUGAAAGUUAUCUAAAUAUCACCACUAUGGGACGAAAUUUGUUAAUGAGUAGCUUAGAGAAUGCGUCGUUUAAUAUUAUAUUCCAAAUCUUAUUCCGAUGUGUAACAUUUAUUAUCAAUGCCUGGGUGAUAAGGAAUGUCGGCCAUGAAGUGCUAGGUAUUAUGAAUGUGCGGCUGUUGCUACUAGAAAGCACUAUUUUGUUUCUGAGCAGAGAACCUUUUAACCGAGCUUGCCUAGGGCAGAAGGAAGAGUUCAGCUGGAACCACAUCAUUAAUCAAAUAUGGCUCUCUGUACCCCUUAGCUUCGUUCUGUCAUUAUUAUUUGUUUAUAUUUGGUUAAAUUUGUUGCCACCUAGCACUGAGGAGUAUGCAUUCCAGUAUGAAUUUGGUUGCUGGAGUGUGGCCCUUUCCUGUGUGAUUGAACUUUGUUCUGCCAAUUUAGUACUUGUUGCACAACUCUUCUGUUUUGUAAAAUUCAAAGUUGCCCUUGACACAUUACAUAUUUUUGUUAGAACUGUCUUGUUUCUGUCUAUUAUUAUCUAUGAUAGGUCACAAGCACUUAUUGCAUUUUCAAUAGCACAAGUGUGUAGUAUUGCAACAAUAGUAUUAAGUUAUUAUAUUUUUUUCUAUUGGUACAUUAAAAAUAAACCAUUGUAUGCCAAAGGAGCACUGAAAAGUAAGUUUGUACCUGACAUUAUUGUGCAAAGACUUUAUGACAAUAUGGACGAUUUCCAAUUCACAACACUUAAGGAUUUCUUACCAAAGUACUUGGGAUCAAUGAAUACAACUUUCAACAAAAAGUUGAGUGCGCUCACCAUAAGUUUUGCAAAGCAAGGAGUUGUUAAGCAAUUGCUGACUGAAGGGGAAAAGUAUGUGAUGUCCCUCAGCCCUGUAAUGAGCUUUUCUGAGCAGGCCACAUAUGAUGUUGUUAACAAUCUAGGCAGUCUUGCAGCUAGAUUUGUGUUUAGACCAAUUGAAGACAGCAGUUAUUUCUAUUUCACACAAAUGGUUAGUAGAGAUUUGCCUUUGCAUAAGCAAGAUGCACAAAAAAUUCAAGAAUCUUGUAUAGUACUGUCACAAGUGUGUAAGACUGUCACUUCUAUUGGGUUGAUAGUGUUGGUGUUUGGACAGAGUUAUGCUCAUACUCUAUUGAUGUUGUAUGGAGGAGAUGCAUUUGUUGCAAGUGGUCUACCUGUGCAACUGCUUCGCAGCCAUUGUUUGGCGAUAGUCCUGCUUGCUAUUAAUGGGGUGACUGAAUGUUACACAUUUGCUACAAUGACAAGUUCCCAGCUGAACAGUUAUAACUAUUUAAUGGUAUUCUUUUCAAUAUGUUUUCUAUUGUUAUCAUAUGUUUUGACUUAUAUCUUCGGCCCAGUGGGUUUUAUAGUUUCUAAUUGUAUUAAUAUGUCGGCUAGAAUAAUACAUAGCAUUCAUUUCAUAAAUAACAAAUAUAAAGACACAGGUUAUAAACCUUUAGAAGGUUUACAUGUUGGUAAAAUGUUUCUGUUGACAUUAUUUAUAGCAGGGUGUAUAUGUAAGCUAUCAGAAAAUAAAUUGUCCCCUAGUUCUGUAUUCUUGCAUAUACUUGUUGGAGCAAUUUGUCUGUGUAGUGUACUCCUAGCAUGGGGCUUCGAAAAUAAGGACCUCGUCAUAAAAUUAUACAAGAAACUUUCUCAUAAUGAGGAAAAUAAAGUUUCUCAAGAUUAGCAUUCAAUUAUUAUUAAGAUUAUGUGAAGAUUAUAUCAUAUUGUACAUUGAUUGUAAUGUUAAUUAAAGAAAAGUUAUUA